AGCGGAGCCGCGACUGGAGCAGCAGCGGCGCAGUUAGAGCGGAGCCGAGCGGCAGCGGCGGAGCAGGGUUUCGCUCCCUGCCCGUCGACAUGGAAGUAGCGGCCGCGUCUCAGGCCGACAUCGACCCGGAUUUCGAGCCCCAAAGCCGGCCGCGAUCAUGCACCUGGCCGCUGCCCCGGCCGGAGCUACCGGAGGGAGAGGGGAACGGGCCGGGCGGCGACUGUUCCCCGGCAGCGGCGGCGGCAGCGGCUCCGGGCGGGGUCCCGGCUGAAGCCCGGGUUGGAGCCGCCUCGCAGGCAGCUCUGGGCGGCGCCGACAACAGCCAACACCGCAAGAAAUCAUCGCGCAGGAACGCGUGGGGGAACCUGUCUUAUGCCGACCUGAUCACCAGAGCCAUCGAGAGCUCCCCGGACAAGAGGCUCACUCUCUCACAGAUAUACGACUGGAUGGUCCGGCACAUACCCUACUUCAAGGAUAAAGGAGACAGUAACAGCUCAGCGGGAUGGAAGAACUCCAUCAGGCACAACCUGUCGCUCCACAGCCGUUUCAUCCGAGUGCAGAACGAGGGGACGGGCAAGAGCUCGUGGUGGAUGUUGAACCCGGACGUGAGCAAGAGCGGCAAGUCACCGCGGAGACGUGCCGCCUCUAUGGACAGCAGCAGCAGCAGCAAGUUCCUGAAGAGCAAGCGGGGGGCGAGCAAGAAGAAGGCCAGCCUGCAGGCAGGGCAGGAGGGCAGCGAAGGCAGUAGCCCCUCGGGCCAGCUGGCCAAGUGGUCUGGCAGCCCCGCCUCGCUGCACGCCAGCGACGAGUUUGAUGUGUGGACUGAGUUCCGGUCCAGGGCCAACUCUGGGGCCAGCACCCUGAGUGGCCGCCUCUCGCCCAUCAUGGCCAACUCGGAGAUGGAUGAGCUGGAGGAUGAUGAGGAGGAGACCCCCUCCUCCCCGCUCCUCUACCCCAGCCCCUCCAGCACCUUGUCCCCCUCUGUGGCCACAACACACAACUGCUCGGCCGAACUGCCCAGGCUGGCCGACAUGGCCGGAACCAUCAACCUGAACGAGGCGUUGACUGAGAACCUGCUGGAGGAGUUACAGGACAAGUACAACAUGAGCCCGGCCCAGCACAUCCCCGCUCCCUGCCUCCGCUCCCGGAGUUCCAGCUUCUCCUUUGGGUCCAAGUGUCCGGCGGUGGCCGGAGGCUACAGCCCGGCCCUCUACAGCCCGGCUGCCAUCACUGUGCUCAGACACUCGCCCAUGCAGACAAUCCAGGAGAACAAACAGGUCACCUUCUCCACCAUCAAUCACUACGGCAACCGCAUGUUGCAGGAUCUCCUGAGCCCAGAGUCACUGAGGCACAAGGAGGUGAUGAUGAGCCAGUCCGACCCGCUGAUGCCUCAAGCCCAGAGACACAUGUUGAUGUGUGGAGGAGAGUCGUCUCUCUCGCCAUUCAACGGCCAGUCGCCGCGGUUGAUCAACGGCGACCCCUUCCACCGGCCGUUGGCGGCGCCCAGCGCUGCCCCCCCUCUCAGUAACGGUGCCUUAGCCAGCAGCAGCGGCAGCCCCACCGGCCUCAUGCACAUGCACGCCGACACUGGCCACCUCUCCAUCACUCCCCACCACCUCCACAGCCAGCUCCACUCGCUCGCCGGCCACGGCCUGCAGAUGGACGGCACGGACUCACGGCUGGUCCACUGCCACGCGGCGCAUCACCACCUGCCCACCGCCGGCCACGACAGGUUCCCCGCCGACCUGGACCUGGACAUGUUCCACGGCAGCCUCGACUGCGACGUGGAGUCCAUCAUCCUCAACGAGUUCAUGGAGAACGAAGAGCUGGACUUCAACUUUGACUGUGCCUUGCCCACCCAGACCGCUGGCAUUAACAUGGUCUCCUCCCUCCCCACCGCCCCACAGACCAGCAACCAGUCCUGGGUGCCUGGCUGACCACCACACCUC